GUAGGAGGAAAUCACGUGUUUCCAUAGCCAAUAUGGCGACCACGACAGGGACUAGCCGACACGCAAGUCGGGGUAGUUCUGUACAGCGACAGUCGCUGUGAGGUACAUACACAGGCGACAUACGACAUCGCGCACACGAGCUGUACGCCAAACAGCAAAGUAUUCACGCACCAGGACAUAGAUUGGAAACGCGGCUAAUCGGAUAAUGGUGUAUGCGAUCAAGUUUUAACUGUUUUACGCAACGAUAUCGGACCCUCAAAGUGAUCAUGGAAGCCCUGGUGAGGAGGUACGACUUCAUGACGGCGGACUACAACGCCCGCUGCGAUUUCGGCAAACGCCUGGAGGAGAUCUCCCGUGACUUCCAGGCUAUGCCAAACGAGCAGGAUAUGCUGGGUGCGUUCAGGGUGCUGAGGGCAGGGGUGUGUCGGCCAGACUUUCCCGGGCAGUUCACUGAGCAGUGUGAUUUCGCAAAACUUGUCUUGCACUCCCUGAUGACGUGGUCACAGAAUUUUGCUGGGGCGGGAAUGACGACGUCAAUGACCAAAAUCCACGACUUCAUCCUCGACUUCCUCCAUGACAUGCUCCAGCAGGGGCCGGGGACGACACACAUGGAACUGUGGACCCGGUUGAUGAACAUCACCACAUUCGGAUUUAGUGAUUACUAUUAUAACUUGACGGGAGACAAACUCAAGAGUCACAUACGAAUGUUCAUGAGAGAAUUCUGGAACUCGGAAUCCAAUUUUGAGACAACGUUUAUAUCAGCUAUCAGAUGUCUGAUCAGCAAAGAGUGCUUCAGAGAGCAGGCUUUCAAGGAGGCCCAGGCUGAGUUCGUAGAGCUGUACACAUAUACAACCGUGACUAACUUGAACCUUCCCGAGCAUAUACGGAACGUUCACAAGUACAUUUCAGACGCAAUUUCGUACAUAUACGACGGUGAUGUACUCAAGGGCAUGGAUGACUCUGAGAUGAUGAAACAGUCACUGAAGCGUCAUGAAAGGGACAUCCUCCGUCUCAGUCUCACCACGAAGGACUCCAAAAAGGUCGUGGAGAAAAUUUCGAGUGGUCUCUAUGUGGUGUUGAAUGGUAUCAACAAUGCGUUCCUGUUUCACAAGGUGUACGUGGAGAUCAUGGACUUCGUGACUGUGAUCUGCUACAAGAAGGCAGGCAGCCCUAUCCAUCCUAUUGUAAAGGCUGUAGGCGAUUUCCUCUAUCACGUCGAAGAGAAGGAGGGGACUCAGACCAUCACGGGCAACUCCGAGCUGUUCACUGGGAUGACGAAGAAGUUGAUUGCCUUUUUGAACAACCUGGAGGACCACACCCUGAUGAGGGUUACAUUUGUUGAUGCAGCUGUAGGCAAUGUGCUCACGAAGAGCAUGAACAAAAGCCCUGAACACUGCCAGCUGAUGAUGGACCUGAUCAAAGCCUGUCUGAGGAUCCACCAGCUCGAGACGGCCAGGGCGAUCUACAGUGCCGCCAAGGGGAUAGGGAAGCUGCUAAAGUGGAAGGAGCACGUGAAAGAUGCACGUGAGAUACUAGACCUCUUGAUGAAAGUGCGAUUAUUUGGGAGUAAAGAACAGACCAGACAACCGGCUGCUUUUUACAUCAACUUCGCCUCGGAUUUCGCUAAUCAAAUGCAACGGGACCGCAUUCUUCCUGAUAUGGUUGAAAAAAUGGUAGAAUGUUCCUUGACAAUUCUCGAGAGAAGAGAAACAGCGCUGUUUCGGGUCUCGUAUGCAAUGGCGACGUUUGUAUGCUUUAAUGGAAAAAAACACAAGGGGCUGAUCAUGUCGACAUUGUCCACCAUACUGAUGUUCCUCAAGGAUUCCGCAUUUCCCUGGGACAAGGGCACUUCCGGGAGCUCGAACGUGGCCGUUUGCAGACUGGCAGAGCUGGGAAUGGAUGCUUUGGACGCCAAGACUAUUACCGAAAAGGACCUAAGCGCUCUGUCCUACUUCAUGAAGACAGUGAUGAAGGGAGACUUUGUCCUGGACGAGGAGGAAUCUAACAAGCCUGACACGGUCUUCUUUGCACUGUACGGAAGCUUGGGGACAAGGUUUCUCCGACUUCUGGACGACCAGGAAAAGACACAGAGAGUUAUCCUGGUGGUGAGGGAAAGUGUCAACCUACUGUCCAGCCAGCAUACAGGGGUCUCAGAGCUCGCACUGUCACAAGUUUCAACACUGAUCCUGAAUGGAGCAAGGGUCAUGACACCAUUCUUCCCCCAAAUCAUGGAUUUGUACAUGUACACAGAAAGCCCAAGAUUACUGCCCAUCGUCAGUGCAAUCUACCCAUACUACCCAGAGCUUGAGGAGAAACAGUUCCAGGCUCUCUUUGAGUUGAUAGAAACACACGAUCGAUCGUAUGUUUUACCAUGGUUUACACAGAUUGCCAAGAAUCAACCAUCUCUGUUCACUGAGAGAAACCUUAAGAAGCUGAUUGCAGAGAUGUUCGAAGGCGAUGACAAACUUUACAUUAUGUAUCUGACGAUCAUGGACCAACUCUCCAAGACGAUGCCCAAGUCGUUUAUACCUCACCUGCAAACCAUGAUGCAAGAUGACAUGGAAACUCAGCCUCAUGCCAAGAUCCAGCUGUUCACACUCCUGAAGAACGUAGCCACCAGGAGCGAAGAUCAGGCUGCCGCAGAGGAAGUGAUGGCAUACCUAGAAAAGGUCCUUCGAGGUCCUGAAGAUGAGCUUGUGACUCCAUUCUGUCUUGGCGCCAUGCGUGCUAUAGGAGGUGUAUACCGACCAGUGUUGGAGCGUCGUAAGCCCGCCAUAGAGGACUUGAGGAAACGAUCUACUGUCCAGACAACAAAGGAUCAUUGUAUCUUUAUUGUGGAUGUGCUAGAAGGCAGAAGCAUGAAAUCCCUGAUCGACGAUAUUAAGGAGAUGAAGGGGGACAUAGCCAAACUGGACACACGAGUGACCAGAACCGAGGUGGGCCUGGUGCUGCUGCACCAAGAUGUGGAUGAACAGAGGAUGGAGCUGGAUGGCGUCAAGGUUGAUGUGAAGAAACAGGGGAAUAAGAUGGUCAACCUGGAGAAGACGGUGAAAAAGACCAAGGCUAAAGUGGAGGAACUUGACGGAAAGACAUUGAGUCAUGCUCCCUUCUGGGCAAGAGACGUGGCCAAACUACUCAACCCUGAAGACCUUCUGGACUGGACGCUUCUCUCUAGUCGACUUGGCUACACCAAUGAUGACAUCAGGAGCUGGGCUCAGAUGCACGACCCAUGUAUGGCCAUGCUGAAUGAAUGGUACGCCACUCGGAAGACGAGGGAAGCCACAUAUGCUGUGCUGACAGCACUGCAAGAGAUUGACAGAAUGGAUGCUGCUGUCAUUGUGGAGAAUGCGAUGAAAAGGACAGAAGCUGUAGUCGAGGAUGAAGAGUUUGAGUACCCGGAGCCUCCAGAGGUGUUCAUCAGCUACCAGUGGGGAAUCCAGAACGAGGUGAAGCUUCUGAAGCAGCACCUGGAGAAGGCGGGCUUCACGUGCUGGAUGGACAUUGGUCAGAUGGGAGGUGGAGACAAGCUGUUCGAGAAGAUUGACAAGGGAAUCAGAGCAGCAAAGAUCGUCAUCUGUUGUGUCACUGGCAAAUAUGCCAAGUCUCCAAACUGCAAUAGAGAGGUGAACCUCUCAGUAAGCCUGGGUAAGCCCAUCAUCCCUCUGUUGAUGGAGAAACUGUCUUGGCCACCACAAGGCUCAAUGGGGCCAAUCUUCAGUGAGUAUCUGUUCAUCCGCUUCUUCACCCGGCCUGGGGAGGAGACUGGUGACAUAAGGUACUGGUCAGCAGCCAAGUUCCAGGAACUUCUGAUGCAGGUCAACUACAACAACGUCAAGCCGGAGGAACAGAAGGUGGAAAAAGAAUACAAGAACUGGUGGUGUCCUGUGGCUGAAGUCAUCAAGAUAGAGAAGAAGGACGUGAAGGCGAUGACGGCCGCCAGUCAGCAGAAGCAGGCUGAGGUUGAGCGGGGAUCAGCCUCUCCUGAUAUAUUCAUCUCCUACCAGUGGGGAAAACAGAAGCAGAUUCAACUCAUGUACAAGCGUCUUACUGAGAUGGGCUUCACCGUCUGGAUGGACAUCUACCAAAUGGGAGGUGGGGACUCCCUCUAUGACAAAAUUGACAAGGGUGUGCGAGGGGCAAAGAUCGUGCUCACGUGUGUCACCUCAAAAUAUUCCCUGUCGGCCAACUGCAGGAGGGAAGUCAGUCUCGCUGAUGCCCUCAAGAAACCAAUAGUGCCUCUGUUGCUGGAGAAGAUGACAUGGCCGCCAUCUGGUCCGAUGAGCAUGGUCUUCACUCAGCUUUUGUACAUCAACUUUGGGAAGGAUGAAGCUGUUCAGGAAAGAUGGGAUGGAGAAAAGUUUGAUGAAUUGUUGACCUCAAUAGAUCAAUAUGUGCCGAAUAUUAUAAUAUUGGGAAAGGAAAAUACUGGUUCCCAAUCGAUAUCUCAACCGCCACAACCACAAAGGCAUCAGCAACAACCUCAACAGCAGCAACCAUAUCAACAACCCUAUCAGCACCAGCAAGUACAACCUCAACGAUACCCCCAAUACAAUCAACCUCAAAAAAGUUCGUCCUGUAUAAUUUUGUAGAAUCUACUACACUCAUGCGAAGCAACUGUGAUACUGUGAUGGUAAUGAUUUUGCCUUGGACUUAUUUGUAAGGAUAAUUUUAUAUAUUUCAGAGUAGAUUUCCACACCUAUGCUGUGUAGGAUAUGUCAUGCAAUGUUCUGUGUAUUGUCUCAGAUUUAGUAUGAAAUGAUAACUGAAGGCUAAUGGUAACUGUUUUACACUGGCGUUAUUUUUGGUUGGCUGAUGUUAAUGUUCUGGCUUUUUUGUAUGAUGAUCUUGACAAUUUAAUUUGUAGGGAUACUUUAAAAGCAUCUAUGUUAUUUAAAUGCACCUGGGUUACGUGCUUUAAACGAGUGAUCAAACCAUUUACCUCUGCACAUGAGAAAGACAUUCAAAGACACACUGGACUAUCAAACGCUGAACUAUUAUGUAAGGGAAAAUAUUGGAUGAAUGACAAUGUCAGAUGUAUAAUCGCAAUUUGAUUUUAGCCUUCGUAAUAUAGUGUGAAAGACUGUAUAGAAGUGUCCCUACCGUUCCCAAGGACUGUGACAAUCACGCGGGUCUUACUGCUGGUGAGAUGUACUGAUGGCCUUAAAUGUUGACACAAUCGUCAUCGUUUACCACUUUCAUAUAGGUAGAACUUAUAUAUUUAUGUUCAUUUCUCUUUUGGUUCUUGUGAGGGUUGACCCCAACCUAUGAUGGCUUGGAAUAAGCAUCUUGGCUGAGCUUGGUGAAGAACUGCCUCACCGAUCUGAUUGAUUGAUCUAUUGGUCGAAAAUAUUUAGUGCUCAUGAUAACUGCUUUUGACAAUGUGGUAGCGUAAUGUUCCAGGACUCAUUAGGAUGAAGAGACAGAGGAACACAGUCGUUAUUUGCUGCUGGCGAGGGCUGUGCCAGAUGGUGACGUGUUAGGGAAACUGUGCAGUCGGCAGUAUCGUAGAGGAGUUGUUUGCUCAUUGAGAUCUGUAUGUGCUGGAUACCAUUGUUUUUAAGGAUAAUUUCCCGAUCACAUUUAUCUCAUCCGCUUAACACCAAUAAUAAAACCCCAUCGCCCUUCAGUGUAGCCAAGCUCCACAGGAAUAUGAUGCCAAAGGGCAACCCGAUGUAUGAAAUAUGUUUUUCAUGUUGUCGUCAACCAUUUUUAUGUAUAUUUUAUAAAGCAAACUGUGAUGGAUUUGAAAUGUUAUGAUCUGCAACAUUCUUGCAAUUUCUGUUUUCCAGUGCUCGUGUUAUUGUUAUUGCCGUGAUCACGUGUUCAUGUUUGUAUUUACUUGUGUUGAGUAGGUGAAAUGCACAAGUAAGAAGUCUUUCUUAUAUCUGUAUGGUGUUUAAUAGUGCAUGAUACACACUUUCUGAAGGAAGAUCAUAUAAAGUACUCGUGCUCUGAGCACACAGAAUGAUUUGUUGAGUCCUAUACUGUCUAUUUGUUAAAAAAAAAUAAAUCAAUUUUUAAAAACUCAAUACUUAAUUUUGAAUGAAUAAUGCUACAAAUGAAGUUUAUUUAAAUUCUUUUCCUGGAAGGAGAGCCUGUAAUUGUGUCAUCUGUGUGUACUAUAUUGUAUAUUGUAUGUAGUUUAUAAUGAAAUGAAAAGCAGAAAUGCAAAAAAAUGUAUAUAUUACAUGAGUGACCUGGCUGAAAUGAUGCCGAUGCGACAUACAUUUUAACUCACUCACUCACUCACUCACUCACUCACUCACAAGUGACCUGUUGUCCAUAAAUCUACAUAUAUACAUGUAUGUUACAUUGCUUUUAAACUGAUUAUUUUAAAUGACUUGAAAUAACCUUUAACACCGAAGAUUGCUUAUUUACUUAUUUUUUAACCUUUAUAGAAAAUAAAAGUUGUAUGUCUAUAUA